AUGGAUAAGAAUUACGUGAAAUCGACUUUAGAAGGCCUAAGCUCUUCAUCAUCAAAACGUAUUCAGGAUAGUCUUUUAAAAAUUAAAUCUCAUAUUAUAAUAAAUGAUAGAGGAAUUAAACUCUUUCGCGACUGUGGUGGCUUAAAUUACUUGUUGCCUCAUUUACGUAAACCUAAUGAAAGUAUUCUUGAUUUAACAUUAAGUAUUCUGGGCAAUGUGUGCUUAGAAGAAAAAAGCAGUGUGUUGAUUGGGAAACUACAUAUUUUCGGACCGCUUGUAUCAAUUUUAAAUACGGUCUGUCGAGAUAGUAUUCUUGGAAGGACAUCUCGCGUAAUUGGUAACUUAGCCCAAAACCAAACAAAUGCUGAAAACUUGCAUAGCCAUGGGGCAGUUAAAGCAUUGGUUGCCCUCAUUGAAAAUAGAGACAAGAAUACAUCAUACGCAACUCUAUCCAUGGCAGUUAGAGCCAUUCGGCAAUUAUGGCUAAUAAAAGAUAAGAGAAAUGAAAUGUUAAGUUUAAAUGCGAUACGAUGUAUAUCAAUAUUACUCGCAACAGAAUGCGAAAAUAUGGGUAUAAUUAAAUCUACAACGGUCGAGAGAGAAAUAGAAGAGCCUAAAAAAAGCCAAGAAGAGCUAAUAAGUGGUAUACUUAAAUGUCUAGGAUACUUUACUACAUAUCCAGUUCCUAACUGUGCUGAACAGAUACAAGGUGAUGGCAGGGGAUACCAAUGCUUAGUAGCAUUAACUAAAACUCAUGAAUCAGUAUCCCUCAAAUGUCUCAUGAAUCUCUGUUAUCUUUCAACAUGUCGACCCCUCUUGGGCAUCGCAGGAGUAGUCGAAAGCUUGGUGAGCAUACUACAAAAAAAUUCAGAUAUUUCCUGGUGGCCAGAGGGAGCAGCUAAAGCACUUGCCCAAUUAAGUGGAGAAUCGGUUAACAGAUCACGGUUACGUCGUUGCGGCGGGUUACCGUUAUUAGUUCAGGCGGCUCGGGAUAAUGCUCACGCCAUGCACGCCUUGCUGCAAUACGUUUUUGAUGAUACAUCAUUCCAAAUACUUAUCCAAGAAGGUCUCGUCGGCUUACUGACCGAUAAACUGACAGCUUAUAUUUCAACAAUGGAAUAUGACCACAAUCUUGAGACCGCUGAUCCUACUAAUUCUAGCGAACCAUUCCGUCGCAAAGAAAGACCAAAGACCGAGCCUAGUUCAGUAUACGAUAUUGCCCUGCAAAAUUUAACCAAAAAUAAUCUCACUAAGGGCAAUCUGUUUAUGCGGCGUAAAAGUCUAUUAUUGUCUGAAACUGGGGAUGAUUUAAAAGUGGUGAUAGAAAGAGAUAACAUGAUCGUUGGAUUUGUCGAUGCGAUCGACAGCGAUGGCUCUGAAGAUAGCGACAGUGAUGACGAUGAGGAUGAGGAACCCCCACCAGAACGACGUAGAGGACUUAAACGAGGACGCUCAAGCCCCAAAAGUAUUAAAAAAAAAUCGCACUUAAUAAAAAUGGCGAGUAAAGAUUGGUCAGCUGGUGUUUACUGGGAGCCAAAGAGCCCUGAAUGGCCAUCUCUAUACCAACCGUUCCCAACAGACACGAGUCCUAGCCGAGAUAUGCCGAUGUCACCGGUCUCAGACGGGAAUUAUUCUGACUUUAGUCCAGAUUAUAGGGAUUCAGCGUCAAAACGAGGACGUUGGGACUGGAGUCCCGAUUCUGGGGCCAGUAUUGGGGAAGGUAGUUCAUCAUCCCCACAUAGAAUGGAUUAUUCAUGGAGUCCAAACAGCUCGGGUCCUUCUUCCCCGAUCAGUACUAAUGAUGAAAGUUCCGAUUCGGAAAUAUCAGGGCGAUAUUCACCGGUUUGCACUGAUGCUGAAAGUGACUCAGAUGAUGAACAGAAAAAACCUUCCCCUAGUGCAUCUACUAAUAUAAAAGCAACACAAGUGGCUCAAGAUCUCGAUGAACUUGUUAUGGAUGAUGAAAGUACUGGUGAAGAAUCUCCUUCUGAAGACGUGUGCAAAAUAGACAUAAACUCGUCAUCAUCAGGCAUUGCCUGUGUGAUGGUCCUUUUGUUCCGCGUGUCGCACGGCACGUGCACCACGUGCGGCUCCAUCCGGGACGACCCCGUGCCCAACCACACCAUGGACCUGCUCACGGGCAAGGACUGCCUCAACGGGCUGUUGGACUAUGUGGAGCGUUGCAAACGACCUAUGGGCCGAGCUGCCAGGAUACUGGCGAGGGUGCUCAGUAAUGAUCUUUGCCUGAUGAGUAUUCUAAGGCACCGACUAGCCUUGCGGCUUCACCGCAUGUCUGUCUAUUCGAAACAUCCACCAGAUCAAUGCACACAGUGCAAACAGAUCUUGAAAUUGAGUUCUAAGCUUUUGUCACAGUUAGGACUGAUAGCAGAAUCAAGCUAUGGUAUUGGGAAAAUAAGCUAUCACUUAUUAAAAGGAAGCUCUUCUAUGAAACAGACACUGGCUCUAACUUUGCCUUAUGUUGUCAGGACAGAGAAAGCUUUGAAGAAAUAUCUGAUAGAUUGCAAUGGUCUUAAUCUACUAUUUCACAUCAUUUCUGAAUCAAAAGAAGAUAUUCAAGACUGUGUAACUGCGUUAGUGAAACUUGCUAACAACGUCAAUAUAAAAGAUCCCAAACUUUUGGAGAAAAGAUAUAAAGACAAAGUUCAUGUUAACUACGAUCCUCUUCUUGAUAACUUGUCACCGGAAGACAUUGUCAUCUUUCAAUUAGACGACUCGACAACCGUGAGAGCUAAUAAGUUAUUUUUAUGUCAGCAUUCCGAGGUAUUCAGUGCUAUGUUAAUGGGAAGAUUUAAGGAAUCUGGCGAAAAAUGCGUACGUCUCAAAAACGUAACAAAAGAUGCUUUGGAGUAUUUGUUCACACUGCUUCAAUGUGGGUUAAAUAAUACCAAAUGCGACAUCGAAGUGUUUCCCAUGGCUGAUAACCUCGACACUAAUUUAGAGGUACUGCUCUUGGCUGAUAGAUUCUUAUUCGAAAAACUGAAAGAGUUACUGAGCAGUGCCAUUUUACAGUUUAAACUGGCACCAAACACGGCUGACAGAAUUUACAUCUGGUCUUUAAGUGAUGGUAUGGGAUUCUUGUGCGUCGAGGCCGUUGCAUACUUGUUAUCUGGACGGAUGACAGAAACAGACAGAUUUAAAUCUUUCAAAAAUAUUCUUGAUCUGCCAUACAAAGAUCAGUGGUUGGAAGAUAUUAAAGCAAUGCUAACGAGGCAGUUGGUUAAA